AUGGGAAGAAAGAAAGCACGGACUGACGCAGAGCGCGGGGCCCAUGGUGUUUCAGACGGAGAAUUUCCGCUGCUUGCAUCUCUGGGGCUGUAUGCUUCCAACACUACGGGAGACGGCAACUGUUUGUUUCGAGCAUUGAGCGAUCAACUGUACGGUGACGAGUCACAUUUUCGAGAGAUCAGAUCAGGCUCAGUCGGAUACAUCAAGGCCCAUCCGGACCGGUUUGCAGCGUUUGUUGGAGAGUUUGGAGAGUCGUUUGACACGUAUACCAAACGUUUGAUGCAAGACGCGGUGUACGGAGGGCACCUGGAGGUAGUGGCUGCCGCUGAGCACUAUGCAGCCGACAUUGCCAUCUACCAGGCAGAUCAAAUGUAUAUUGUGCAGCCCAUCGAGGCAGUUGCGAACAAGACUUUACACAUUGCCUAUCACACCUGGGAGCACUAUUCGAGUGUUCGGAACAAGAGCGGUCCUCACAGCGGGCCACCCCAGGUCUCAGCAAAGAGUGGCCCGGUUCCCAUAGCCAAAGAAGAGGUUCCGAGGUGGAAGCUGGAAAUUGUGAUGCGGAGCUGUCCCGAAGCUGAAGAGCAGACGAUUAUAAGCAAACUCAAGACUAAAGACUACGGGCAGGUUAUCGAAGAGCUUUUGACGGAGCCGGAUCGCCAGUCGGAUCACCAGCCUAUCACAGAGCCCACGAUAGAGGCCGGCCCAACGGUGAAAGAAGAGCGCACUGCAGAAGCCGGCCGACCCAAGAAGCGGCAAAGUGUUCGUGAGAAGCGCGGCCAGGCCCGCAAAAAGGCUCUAGAGCGCAAGCUCAACAAGAAUAAAAGAAGGUCGGAGCCGGCCGUUUCGGACCAGGCCAGCGAGCCAGCGGUGAAUUUGCCGGAUAAAACUAUUUAUAUUUAA